AUGACGACCGACAGUUACCCCAAGAAGUAUGACAUUGUCAUCGUGGGCGCUGGCCCCGUGGGCAUCCUCCUCUCGCUUUGCAUGUCCCGCUGGGGCUACAAGGUGAAGCACAUCGACAACCGCCCCGUGCCUACCGCGACUGGCCGCGCCGAUGGCAUCCAGCCCCGUUCUACCGAGAUCCUGCGCAACCUGGGCCUCAAGCGCCAGAUCAUGGCCUACGACCCGGCCAAGGUGUACGACGUUUCUUUCUGGGAUCCCCGCCCGGAUGGUUCUGGUAUCCAGCGGACUGGCAACUGGCCUAGCUGCCCUCGCUUCAUCGACACACGAUACCCCUUCACCACCCUUGUGCACCAGGGUAAGAUCGAGACUGUUUUCCUCGACGAGAUCAAAAAGGCCGGCACCACUGUUGAGCGCCCAUGGACCAUCACUGGGUUCAAGAACGACGGCCUAGACGAGACCUACCCCGUGCAGGUGCAGCUCAAGUGCCUCGACACCAACGUCAUUGAGACCGUUCGCGCCAAGUACCUGUUCAGUGGUGAGGGCGCUCGCAGCUUCGUUCGCGAGCAGCUUGGUAUUCAGAUCCGCCACAAGGAUCCUAUCUCCUACGUCUGGGGUGUCAUGGACGGUGUCGUCAGGACCGACUUCCCUGAUAUCAAGACCAAGUGCACCAUCCACUCCGACGCCGGCUCCAUCAUGGUUAUUCCCCGCGAGGACGACAUGGUCCGCCUCUACGUCCAGAUCGCUUCCUCCACAGACCCCGACUUCAACCCCCGAAAGACCGCUACCGCGGAGGAGGUCCAGAACGUCGCAAAGAAGAUCCUCAAGCCAUACUACUUGGAAUGGGACCGCGUGGAGUGGUACUCGGUCUACCCCAUUGGGCAGGGUAUCUCCGAGAAGUACACACUGGACGAGCGCGUUUUCAUGGGAGGCGACGCCUGCCACACUCACAGCCCCAAGGCUGGUCAGGGCAUGAACACCGCCUUCCACGAUGCCCUCAACAUGGCCUGGAAGAUCCACGCCGUCGAAUCCGGACUGGCUCAGCGCUCCACCCUGAGAACCUACGAGACCGAGAGAAAGAACAUUGCCGAGACUCUGCUCGACUUUGACAACAAGUACGCUGCUCUGUUCUCCAAGCGCCGCCCCAACGCCGGCGAGGUUGGCGAGGCUGCCAGCGCCGAGACCGGCCGCAGUGCGGAAGAAGACCCUUUCGUCAAGACGUUCAAGGAUUCCUGCGAGUUUACCAGCGGUUACGGUGUCGCCUACCAGCCCAAUAUCUUCAACUGGGACUCCGCCCACCCUGCCCAGUCUCCGCUGUUCAACGUCCCUGGUAUCAACCUGGUAACCGGAAAGGCCUUCACGCCCUCCACUGUUACUCGCCUCGCGGAUUCCAACUUCGUGCACCUUGAGCAGGAGGUUCCCGCCAACGGAGCCUUCCGCAUCUUCAUCUUCGCCGGUCGGCAAAACAAGAGCAAGCAGGCCAUCACCGACUUCGCCGCCAACCUCGAAAAGGAGCGAUCCUUCCUCUCCGCAUACCGCCGGUCUGACAUUGGCGAUGUCUCCUUCUUCGAGCGCCACCUCCCUCACUCCAAGCUCUUCACUCUCUGCCUGAUCUUCGCCGAGAAGAAGAAUGAGAUCGAUAUCGACUCUGUGCCCCAGAUUCUCCGCGACUACCGUUACCACAUCUACUCGGACGACAUUCCUGACGUGCGCGUGCCCAACGCUACCUAUGCCGCUCACGAGAAGCUCGGAUUUGACCCUGAGAAGGGUGGUGUUGUCGUUACUCGCCCUGACAGCCACAUUGCGUGCACCGUGCAACUGACCGAGGGUAGUGGUACCGUGGAUGCUCUCAACGCCUAUUUCGGCUCGUUCUCCACGAAGCCUUUGGGUCAGGACCAGGCUAGCCGCCUGUAG